AUGUGGGGCUGCAUGGUGGGGAGCCGAGCUCCUCUGGGCCUGCUCCUGGUCUGCCUUCAUCUCCCAGGUUUCUUUGCUCGGAGCAUCAGUGGAGUGGAGGAGAAAGUCUCCCAAGACCUGGGGACCAACUUAUCUCUGUUUGGACAACCUUCCUUGACCAGACCCUCCAACCCUGAACAUCUGCAGCCCAAACCAGACCCUAGGUCUAAUGGUUUAGCAAGGACUCUUCAGAGGCCCAAUGCUCCUCCAACGGGUGGCAGCCAACUUGCAGGAGGUUCUGGGGUGCAGAAGUGGCCCUCAUCUGAGAGGAUGCCCUCUGGGGACACCUGGCCCUCUGAGGAUCCUUGGCAGCCGAUGGCUGCUGCAGCUGAGGACCACGUGGGGGAAGUGCGGCCGCAAGGACUAACUCACUUUCCCAGCGCUGGUGCCUUCCCUCCGGGCAGUGGUCCUCUGCCUGCAGGUGCCUCUGCGUACUCCGCAGACCCCUCCUCUGAGGCUUUACUUCUCCACCUGGACUCGGAGUCUGGACGGCCAUCGCGUUCUAAUUCUCUGGGAGCCCAGCGAGAAAUCCCUGCCCAACGCUCACUCUGGGUUCCCGUCCACAGGAUCCGUCAUCCCCUUCUGCCUGGUCACCCCUGGGGGACUCUGCAUCCCAGUGUGUCCUGGGGAGCUGGAGGUCCUGGAACUGGCUGGGGAACAAGGCCCAUGCCAACAUACCCCUUGGGAAGCUGGGGCACCAAUAAUCAGUACCCGGGGGCCAGCUGGGGGAAUAUUAAUCGGUAUCCAGGAGGCAGCUGGGGGCCUAUUCAUCUACGCCCAGGCAUCAAUAAUCAGUUCCCUCCCAGAAUUCUCCGCCCUCCUGGCUCUUCUUGGGACAUCCCGGCUGGCUUCCCCAAUCCUCAAAACCAGUGGGGUUAG